AUGGCCGCCGGCCCUGCUGAGCUGUACCGCCCUGAAGCGGCCCCGCUCCUGGGUGCCUGUUUCUCCCACAUACACCCCUCUGUCCCAGGCUCGCUGCCUCCCCUGGGGCCACGGGUACCUCUGAGAGACCCGGAUGUAGCCGCAGGGGGCUGCGAAGAAACGCGUUUCGGGUUAGGUUGGCCCUUCGGAGGCGCCGUAGCGGGUGAUUGGCGUCGGCUUGGCUUCCGGGAGGAGCCGGCUGGGCACAGAUUGGUGUUAGUAUUAGGAGAUCUUCACAUUCCACACCGAUGCAACAGCCUCCCAGCCAAAUUCAAAAAACUGCUGGUUCCAGGAAAGAUCCAACACAUCCUCUGCACAGGAAACCUCUGCACCAAGGACACUUACGACUACCUCAAGACUCUGGCUGGGGAUGUUCACGUUGUCAGAGGGGACUUUGAUGAGAACCUGAAUUAUCCUGAACAGAAAGUUGUAACUGUUGGACAGUUCAAAAUCGGGCUGAUUCAUGGCCAUCAGGUUAUUCCUUGGGGUGAUAUGGCCAGCCUGGCACUGCUACAAAGGCAGUUUGAUGUGGACAUCCUAAUUUCAGGACAUACACACAAAUUUGAGGCAUUUGAACAUGAAAAUAAGUUCUAUAUCAAUCCAGGAUCAGCUACAGGAGCUUAUCAUGCCUUAGAGAACAACAUCAUUCCUUCAUUUGUGCUGAUGGAUAUCCAGGCUUCUACAGUAGUCACAUAUGUCUAUCAACUAAUUGGAGAUGAUGUGAAAGUAGAAAGAAUUGAGUACAAAAAGUCUUAAAAAUGUAUUUGCUUGUCUGGUAUUUUUACCAUCUCAUGCUGAACUGCAAGUUACUACAAUACUUGAUUGCUAGUUUACAGUACUACACUUACUUGCUAACAGCUUAACAAUGUAGCUUAUUGGUAAUUUUAAAAUAACAUUGUGUUUGCUUUUCUCUGUAUGAAUUGAUUUGUAAAAUAUUCCAUGAAAAGAACUGUUUAAAUACUGUUCCUUAAUGUUGUAAUAAACUCCACUUCAUAGAAAAACUAAGCUUUAUGAACUGUUGUUGGGAAACAAUGCAACAGUUGUAGGUGCUUUUAAAAUGCCUGAUGCUCUGGUUUGGUGACUGACUUCUAAAGGAUGCUGGUAAAGGGCUUGAAGGAGAAGAUUGAGGGCUCUGGGGCCAUGUUAUGUUUGCUUUGGAAUCCAGUUGAUAUUUCAUUUUCUCAAUUUAAUAUUCCCAAUUAAGUUAAAAGAAUAAAAUGGAGUGGUAGAUUCUGAAAAUAUUACAAUUAACUCAUAACUUACAGUAGUAAUUUCACUGUAGAAAGCUUAACUUCAGCCUUUUUAUAAUCAAAGCAGUUUCAAAUACCACUAUGCUUUAAUGAAUGAUGGUCUCAUUAAAUUUAUAAACAGUGAAGAGAGGCUUUCCUUUAUUUAUGGCUUAUAUCUGACAUGACACGUGUACGCACUUCACUCCAUGUACAGAGGUUUUAAAUAAUGUCAUUCCACAUGGCACUUCUACUGCUGAAGGCUAAAACAUUGGUUGUUCAAGACGACUGGAUCUUUUGGCUCUCUUAUUCUCAUGACUGCAGGGAACUGAAGGUAUUUUAACAGCUCCCCUUUCUCAUGACCGCUAACUUUCCAAUAAAAGCAGAGUUUUAUCUUGCCUUCUAGAGAAGAACAUUUAGAAUGGUGGCCUGUUUCCUUUGCAGAUGUUGACCUUUGUAUGAUGACUUUUUCCAGUGCAGUAUCUGUGCAAAAAGCUGUGUGGUAUUUGUCACGGUUUGAGUUAAACUAAUGGUUUUCUGUACAACUUAAGGGAUCAGCUAGAACCCUUACUUUUGUGUAACUUCUUUCUACUCAAAAUAAACUUGCUUUACCUUAGAAAAAGACC